CCUUAGACUUAUUAAGAUGCAAUCCGAAUUAGAUUUAUUAAAACAACGCAUCACUGAGCUCGAAGCUGAAAAUAUAGAGCUUAAACAUGAGAAUACAAAAUUAAAACAAAUUAUAGAAGAAAAUGUUGAGUUUAAAGCCAAAAUCAUUAAGCUAGAACGAGCCAUUGAUAAAAUCGAAAAGCGGGAUAAAAGUAUUAGCAGAGCCUUUAGUAUAACUAAAGAUAAUGAUUCUCCAACCGAUUCAUUACCAGUAAUAUCUCAAUUAUCUACUCCACCACCUAUCGAGGAUCGCCCUGAUAAGGAUUAA